AUGCAGCUCCUGGUGAGGGUGCCCUCUCUUCCGGAGCGGGACGAACUGGACUGCAACAUCUGCUACCGCCCCUUCAACCUUGGGGACCGAGCGCCCCGCCGGCUGCCCGGGACCGCGCGUGCCCGCUGCGGCCACACACUCUGCACAGCCUGCCUGAACGAGCUGGCGGCGCGCGGCGACGGCGGUGGGGCGGCCGCGCGCGUGGUGCGCCUGCGCCGCGUCGUCACAUGCCCUUUCUGCCGCGCGGCUUCUCCGCUUCCGCGCGGAGGCGUCACGGAGAUCGCGGUAGACCCAGACCUGUGGUCGCGAUUGGAAGAAAAAGUGCGGACCGAGGGUGAACGAGAUGAGGCGGGAAGACUGGCCAAGGAAAGCGGCGAUGAUAACGGAGAGGACGAUGAGGAAGGGGCGAGCGAGAAAGGGGCGGGACCCAGGAGCGUGGGGUGGCGCGGACUUCGGCAGCUGUGGGACCGGGUCCUGGAGCCGGCGCGCCGCUGGCGGCGUCCGCUGCCUAGCAACGUGCUCUACUGUCCUCAGAUCAAGGAGAUUGCCCACAUGACCCGUUGCACGCUGUAAUCAGGGAGUCCAGAAGCUAAGGCCAAAGGAAGGUGGGAGCUGCAGCUUCAAGAGGCCCUAGUCAAGACUACCGCCUCUGAGAGCCUGAGAUUGUCCGUGUGAUCGAGAGAUGCGCCAAGGGCUGGAGGGAACUUCCGCCCUAGGAGGUGCUGAUGCUGAGCUGGGGAGGCUCCUAGACGCACUCGCCCCCGUCUUACUAACUGUGCCAGCCUUAGAUUUUCAGGAUGGAGUGGCCAAGAGAUGAUAUAAACAAAGCCUGUGUUACCGUGGGAAGCAGACAGACUGCUUAGCUGUGACUUUGGCUUUU